CAAUACCAAAAUCAACCAAUCCGAGCGCGCGCCAGUCAGGGUCAACGGCUGCCCUUUUCACUUAACUACGUCCAGGAGUUAGCCCCUGUCCUGUCAGCUUCACGCAGCGGGAGUUUGUCCACUUUGCAGUCCGGCUCUUUCCGGCUCAAGUUUGACUCCAGCAUCUAGUGUUGACACUACUACUAGUUCGAGCACCAUGCCGUAUACAUCAAUAUCAAAUUUUUCCACUUCUGCUGCUACUUGGUUCUCAUCUAAUGUGAAUAGGAAGAGUUGGGCGUAUUGCCAAGUAUGUCUAAAGGGAAGAAGCCUUAUUAUCCAUUGCAUGACCCAACAAUUUUGGCUGCAACAUUUGGUGGUAUAACUUUGGGAUUUGGAUUAAUAUUCCCUGGAAUGGGUGGAGCAGCAUCUACUAUACCAUCAACAACUACCACCACCACCACUACCAACACCACCACAACCACUAGUGAAUUUACCUUCAGUCGAAAACCACUGAUAGCAACUGGGAUUAAGUACACUCUUCCAGUCAGUUUGGCUUCUAUACCUUUAACUUCGACUCUUAAAUAGAGUGAGCAGCUGAAACGAGUAACAUCCAGC